AUGUUUCAGAUCGUCGCCCUGAGCGACAGCGCGGUGAAGAUCGCGCCGGCGAACCUGGGAAAGAGUACGCUCGAGGCGGUGACGCAGGAGCUCGAAUCGUUGUACGUGGACAAGGUUCUGGCCGAGUGCGGAGGACUGUGCGUGACCCUGUACGAGAUUACGAAUAUCUCUGGCGGCGCCGUGCUAUCGGGAGAAGGGUGCGUGUGCUUCGAGGUGGAGUUUAAGCUCGUGUUGUUCAAGCCGUUCACGGGCGAGGUUCUCGAGGGAAAGCUCGAGAGCUCGGACGAGCACGGCGCGCACGUCUCCAUAGGAUUCUUUGAUGAUGUCUUCAUCCCACCGAGCAACAUGCAAGAUCCGAGCGAGUGGGAUGAGGAUGAAAAGGCGUGGAUUUGGGAUUACAACGGUGAGCGCAUUAAGCUCGAGGUGGGCGAGAAGGUGCGUUUCAGAGUCGUCGGCUCGCGCUUUCCGGACUCUCCGAAAACCGCGGAGGAGCUCGCGAGUCUUACCGCUGACAGCGGAGCAAAAGCGAACGGUUCGUUCGCUCCGAUGUUAGUCGUCGGCGAUCUCAACGCCGACGGUUUAGGCAUGUGUUCGUGGUGGGAAGAGGUCGUCGAGUGA